GAGGACGUGUUUUUAGGGAAAUAAAAAUUUAUUUUUGUUUUUAAAUAGUGACUAUACUAAUAAACAACUAACAAUGACGUUGGAUCUGAACGAGUGUUACGCUUAUGUGUUCGGUUUGGUAAAGGAUGCUGGAAAAAUAAUCGCUGCCAGAAACAGUGAAAAGAAGAGUAUGGUCGAGAAAUCAAGCGAUAUUGAUUUGCUCACAGAAACUGACCAACAAGUUGAACGUCUGCUGAUGGAUGGAAUAACAAGCAAAUAUCCCGAUCAUAAGUUUAUUGGCGAAGAAGAAACUAGUGCAGGAAAAAAGGCGGAACUGACAGACGCGCCUACCUGGAUAAUUGAUCCGGUCGAUGGAACCAUGAACUUUGUCCACAGCUUCCCACAUUCGUGUGUAUCGAUUGCCCUAUUGAUCAAUAAAAUUACAGAAAUAGGCAUAAUUCACAAUCCAGUGCUCAACCAAACGUUUACCGCAUGUAAAGGAAAAGGAGCAUUUUACAACGGCGAACAAAUUAGAGUGUCGGGUGAAAAUAGACUGGGACACGCGCUAGCUACAACCGAGUUUGGAACUAGUCGAGAUGAGGAAAAAACCUCUGUAGUUCUGGAAAAUAUCGGAAAACUCGUACGGGUUGUGCACGGGAUACGUAGCACUGGAUCAGCUGCCCUGAACAUAGCAAUGGUCGCUCAAGGAGGCGCUGAUUUCAACUACGAGUUUGGUAUUCAUGCAUGGGAUAUAGCAGCCGGAGAUCUGAUCGUGCGGGAAGCUGGCGGGGUGUGCCUUGACCCGGCUGGCGGGCCACUGGAUCUAAUGUCUCGUCGUUUUCUUUGCGCCAGUACGCAAGAGUUGGCCGACAAAAUUAUUCCUCUGCUGACGCAAUACUAUCCUCAACCUAGAGAUUAAAGUGUAAAACUAUUACCGGAUCUAGCUAAUUUGUCAGUCUAUGUAGUGCUAGUGUUACAAUUUAAUUUUUAAUUAAUGUCAUAUGUGCCGUGGUAAAUCAAACACCUGGAAAUGUAGGUGUACAAGUUUUAGCGAACUAACUAUUCGAAUAUAAUUAUAACUUGGUUGUGGGUGUUCUAUCAAUAUUGCAAUAUUAUUGAUUUCUCAGUGACUUUAGAACAAUUCAUUAAUGUAUUGUGUAAUUCUAAGACAUGAAAGUUAAAUUUUCGCAGAAUAGAUUCCCUAAAAAAAUCAGUUAAUUUUCAGCGUUAUUUUAUGUUUUAGGUAAUAUUCGUAGAGAACUUAAUUUGAUGAACUUAUGGUACUUAAGUAAGUAGCUUCAAAU